AUGUGCAAAUACAGCAAUGAGAACUCGAGGCAGUACUAUUAUUCUCUUGGUAUCAACAGACAAGACAGUAUACGGGUGGAGAUGAUAGUGAGUAAUGAGACUACAACCACACCCAAGGUUGUGUUGGUUUACACUGGCAUCAAAUCUAUGAGAGCUCAUGAGACCAAGCUACAGUUGGUGUGUGACCACAGCAGGAAAGGAGAGGAUGAAGGAUUCUUCAGUAUCAUUCUGGAUAGUGGACAUCUCUUGAUUUAUGCAGAGUUACAUCACGAGUGUUGCUGUGUGGGAGGAUGCUGGAAGAGCGGUCUUGGAAAAGGGGAUAUUGUGGGAAAGAAAGACAAAAUAGGAGCAGACGGUGAAGUGAUGUUGGUGAUUGUUGGAACACUUGUGGCUAUUUUGAUGAUGGUGGCACUCAUUGGAGGAUUGUGUUAUGUCAAAAGGACACACCUGCAUUUUUACGCUAAGCUUCCAGGUAUCAAUCCAUCAGGCUUGGGAGCAAAUGUCUCUUCAAGACCACACAAUAUGGCCCUUCUAGGAACCUCACUUGAUGGAGCCAAGUACUCAGAUUUUCGUGACUAUGAACCUGCAGCUGUUGCCAGUGCUAGACGAAAACUGAUCCCCAUCUUGAGUGACCCUAAUAUACAGCUGGAAUCAGUGGAGAUGGGACAGAGGCUGGGAGGAGGUGUGUUUGGUGACACUCAUCUAGCCAAAUGGAAUGAGAUGACAGUCACAGUCAAGCGACUAACUAUCGCCAUACAUAGCAACCAGCUGACGAGUGAGACCAUGGACUGGAUGAAGGAUGAGGUCUGGUUUCUAAGCCGACAGAGACACAGGAACAUUGUCUGCAUAUUGGGGCUGUGUUUGGAUGGGCGACUGCCAUUUCUGUUAGCAGAGUAUGUCAUUGGAGAAUGUUUGAAGGACUUCCUCAAAGUCAAUGGGCAACUGCUCACCUGGCCUCAGAGGACAAGACUGUGUGGCCAAGUGGCUGAUGGGAUGGCGUUUCUUCACUCUACAAAACCACCAAUCAUUCACAGAGAUUUGAGAUGUGGCAAUCUGUUUCUUUCAGACAAUGACUUAGUUAAAGUAGCAGAUUUUGGUUUGACCAAAUUACUACAGCCAAUGAGAGAGCAUUGCCAGAAUGAUGACUGCUGCUGUCAGAGACAGCUGAGUGCUUGUCCAGCAGCUAGAAGGUGGACAUCCCCUGAGUUGCUGACCCAUCCAUGUACCAAGGAAGGCGAGAGUAGUAUUAUUUCAACAGCCUGUGAUGUGUAUUCGUUUGGCAUGGUCAUGUGGGAAAUGGUCAUGUUUAAAGAUCCGUUUGACGAGAUAGCUACAGAGACAGAGGUGACUGAGAUUGUAAGAAAUGGUGGCCGACCAGAUGUGCCUCCAACAGCAGACAUGAUGCCCCAGUUCAAAGACUUGAUGAAAACCUGUUGGGACCAGCGGCCUAGUUUUCGGCCUCCUUUCAAACAGGUGGCUGUGAAGCUGAAAGAGUUGAUAGGAGCAGCCAGAACCUACCAGAAACAUCUCAACAACAACAAACAGCGAAUACAAAAAGGGAAUGAACAUGUUUGA